AUGCCAUCGUCGGCAUCCCCAGCGUGUUCUGGCGAGGCCAGAACGUCAGGCAGGAAAGGGAACAAGAAGGUCAGAACGGGGUGCGUGACCUGCAAGAUCCGCAGGGUCAAAUGCGACGAGGCCAGGCCUUUCUGUCUCCGGUGCACCAAGACGGGGCGGAAAUGCGACGGCUACAAGUCCAAGCUUUCGGAUCUCGCGAGCUUAUCGCUCAGUCUGCCAGCAGUCCCUGGCCUCGAGACCCAAACGGAGCGCCGCGCCUUCGACUACUACCGAAGCCGGUCAGCCACCAUCCUCGGAGGCACCGUCGCCGUCGGGUUCUGGUCCGACUUGGUCCUGAAGCUGAGCCUCUCCGAGCCGGCGGUGCGGCAUUCUGUCCUUGCGCUGAGCAGUCUGCACGAGUACACCAAUCGGACAGACAAUGACGGCAAGUUGUCGAAUUGGAAUUUUGCGUUUCGCGAGUACGGCAAGGCCAUGAUUGCCAUGAGGAGCUGGUCUCCCCAGUGUAGUGACGACCCGGCGGCGAUACCGUUACUGGUGUGCCUGCUGUUCGUCUGCAUCGAGUUUCUCGCAGGCCACGAGGCGGCAUCCCAAUUGCAUAUUUGUCAAGGGCGGAAGAUCCUGUCGGAACUUGGGGAUGCAAGCUCGGGUUCGCCCGCAAUGGACAUGAUCAAGCGCGAGUUGGUUCCCAUAUACACGCGGCUCAGCCUAUCGAGUUUUACUUUUGGAAGUCGCCCGUCAGCCAUCCCGUGGCACCUGAAGGUGUCGGCUUCAGUACCCGCCGAGUUCUCUUCCCUGGACGAGUCGCGACACCUGCUGUACCAGAUCCUGGACGAGGCACUCGACUUCAGCACCAAGGGGAAGUCAGCCGUCUACGCCCUUGAACCUCAUCCCGCGGAGGUCGAAAUAUUCAAGAUAACGCAGCAAUAUUUGCUUUCCCAGCUCACGCGAUGGAACAACGCCUUCACCAUACUCACGGCGAGGGACCCGGCACUAAACCAGGCAGCACUGAACCUGCUCAUGCUAUACUACCACGCGGCCCUCGUUUGGAUAUCCGUUGCCCUCCAGCGCUCCGAAACCGCCUAUGACGCGCACACGGCAGGCUUCAGUUCUAUCAUAUUCCUUGCUUCUUCGAUCAUACGCGCCAGACCGCCGGGCGAGAGCACGGAUGCCUUUGGAUUCGAGUCCGAGGUGAUAGGGCCACUGUACUGGACCGCCACCAAGUGUCGUCAUCCGUUGCUGAGGCGGGAGGCAUUGAGACUGCUGAUGAGAGACGAGGUGAGGAAUCGGAGGGAGAAUCUUUGGCAUGGCGCUGGGGCCGCAUUGAUCGCAGCGAGGGUCAUUCAGAUGGAGGAGAGACACCAGGGCGCGGGGUGGAAUGAAGAUGCUCUCGCUGAUCAGCAGCAUUCUUUCCAACAUGGGUUCAUCCAUGCAACAGAGGGUAGGACCACUCAUCUCGGCGGUACAGAGAGUCCCGAGCCAUACGAACAGGAAGUGCAGGUCCCGCUUUCGCAACCACCCACCUUUCCUCCAGGGACCCUCGCCUCCCUGUACGUCGACAAAUCAUCUCCAGACAGCAUGUCCGACAGUGCCUCCACAGCGGAGGCCGGGGGUUACACUCCGGAUCUGAUCAUGCCGCAACGUGGGCCACGCGGGCCGAGAUUUUAUAUCCCAAUACCCAGUGGUUCGGAGGCAAAGUUGGCCCUCUCAAGCCAGUCCGCGGCGGCGAACCUAGAGCCGCCAUACGGCAUUCCAGAGCAUCGUCGCGUGAAGAACGCGCUGAUCGGCCCUAAGGAGGGCGCAGGGACGUGGUUGACGGUGUUCAUGGAGCCAGGAGAAGACGAGACUAAGUGGAAAAUCACGAGAGAGUUCAUCAGGCUAUGA